AUGGGAGCAGUCCUGUCCAUCUCCGUCGUUGACGCGCUAACCAGGGCGACGACCAGCUGGAACUACGCGCGGGCGCGGCGGAGAUCAAUUGCUCCCCAUGGCGCUGCCGAUUGGCCUGGCCUGCCAGAGGACCUCUUGCUGACCGUCAUGGCGGCGCUGGACGUCCCCAGCAUCAUCCGGUCCGGCGCCGUGUGCACGUCCUGGCACUCCGCCUACAAGGCCUUCCGAGGCCUCCACCGCCUCCCGCCGAAGCAGGCCCCUUGCCUGCUCUACGCCUGCGACGAGUACGGGCCCGACGCCGCCGCCCUGUACUGCCCCUCCACCAACGCAACGUUCCGCAUCCCCUUCCCACAGCCCCCAGACAAGAGCCGGAGAUUCGCCUUCUCCUGUCAGGGUUGGGUGUUCGCCGCCGACGAGGCCGGUGACCCGUACCUCGUCAACCCUACCACGGGCUCCCGGGCCGCGCUCCCGCCGUUCGAGACGAUCUACCACGGGGAGAGCCACUAUGAUCGCGACCGCAAGAACGCUCUGAAAGCUCGACUGGAGAACCGAGUCUUCCGGCCGACAGUUAGCUGGGCAUGGCACUCGGGGUAUCACCGGGUCGCCAUUUCCGCCGCCGCCGAGGUGGCCGCAUGCACCGUCUUAAUCGUGCACACGCCAGACCAGUGGAGGCUCUCGUUCGCUAGGCCGGGUGACAAGCGCUGGACAUUCUUGUGUGAAGAAGAGUUUCAGGACGUUCUCUACAAUGACAAGGACGGCUUGUUCUACGCCCUAGGCCUUGAUAGUUCUGUUUCUACUAUAGAUCUCGCCGGGCCUUCGCCGACGGUGACCAUGAUCAUGCGUGGCGUGUCAGGUUGGUGCGACCCUACCAAGUAUCUCGCAUUCACGCCAUCUGGUGAGCUCCAGCAAGUAUGGAGAAUCUGGAGCCACCCACAUUUUUCAGUAAAAUUCAUGGUCGACGCAGAUGCCGUAGAUUUUGCCAACGAAUAUGGGGACGCCCACAAUCUCAAUGAGCCAGAUGCAAAUGAUGAUGAUGAGCAAAAGACCAGUGAGGUCACAACAAUCAAGCUCCUGAUUUUCAAGGUGGACAUUGGCAGACAGAAACUGGUGGAGCUACGGGACAUUGGAGACCACGCGCUAUUCCUUGGGUACAACACUGCUAUGUAUUUUUCGACCAAGGACUUUCCGGUGUUCAAACCAAACUGUGCUUACCUUACACACGACUGUUUUGACUUCAAGCCAACAUUACCAACAGACACGGGUAUUUGGGACGUCAACAAGGGGAGUAUGCAGAAACUUCAGGAUGCAUGGCCAUACAUGUAUUCUUGGCUAGAUUUACCCGCCCCGAUUUGGAUCACACCAAGGUUUUAG